AGGACGUAUUACAUUGAAUGAUGACGCCGUUUGAUCAUUAAAAAAAAUCUGCCGUUAAAAAAUAUCAGAGAAUUAGGUCAGCAAACUAACUCAGUACCAGCGGCCACGCUAUGAGUGUAACUACCGUGUUUUUGAAUAUAUAACCUUCGCAAAGACGCGACCUGGGCAUAAAAUAGACAACGUUAGGAGAGAGAUGUCCGGUGUUUCCAGCAUCUGCAGACAGGAGCCGUAGACCGGUCCGUCUGUCUGCUUGCCUCCCUCCGCUGGGCUUUGGAGACCCGCAAACCUAAAAAACGUUAACACUGGCUAUUGUAGUCCCGGCCAGGCUGGGGCUGAAUGGUUAGCCGGGGAAGGAGAGACGUCGACACACACCACCAGACAGAACCCGAAGGCUGCCCUGCCGAGACCCAGGAAAUUACUCCUCGCCUCGUCUCGACAGCCUGGUAGCAACACAGUGCACAUUUCAGUAACGAUAGUUCCAGUAAAAAAACAAUUGAAGGACUUGGGCAUGUGAACCCAAACAUCUAAGACAUGUGAGCCUCGACCUUUCUGUCCCAGAUCUUCUUUACCCUGAGUAGAAGUUGAAGUUUGACAAUGUCGAGCCGCCGGAAAUCGACCACACCUUGCAUGGUGCUGCCCACUGAUGUGGUGGAGCAGGAAGAGGUGGAGGAGAAAACCGAGUGGACAAAGGAGGAGGAAGAGGAGGAGGAAGGGAAGAAGAAAGAGGGAGCAGAGGAGCUGGGUCAGGCAGUAGUGGUUGUCCCCACCCCUCCAGAUACCGAUGAGCCCAAUCUCUCUACUGUAGAAGACAGCGAAGUCGUCGCUCCCUCACUAAAGCUCAGUGCUGCAAACCCUCCUGAGGAUCCAAGCAGCGACCAGCCGCCCCCGGAACAACAGUGUGAUACACCCGAGGAGGGAGAAGCAGACCCAGCCACGGUUGCUGCCAUUUCCCUCAGCAAGACCCCCAUCAUGAGGAUGAAGACCAAAUCUGAACCCAAGAGGAUCGCCGUGUCCCUGAAAUCAACAGACAAAGCGGUUGAGGGUUUUGGAAAGGGUGGUGAGGGAGAGGUGGGAGGAGAUCAGGAGCCCAUUGAAGCUCCUCUCGGGCCUAUGACGCCUGUGGAGAUGCUGCUGCACGACUCCAUGAAGCUCGGGGGUGGGGGCUUGCUGGUCAGCCCAUAUUCAGAGCAGCAGAGAAAAUCUGCAACUUUAAACCCCACAGUUUUGCCUGCUGGCCUGGCACAGGUGCUUUCUGCUUUCCAGGCCCAGCAGAGUGCAGCAGCAGCUCAGCAUCAGCUGCUGAUUCCCCUCAGCAGCAUCCCAUCCUACAGUGCAGCCAUGGACACCAACCCCCUGCUGGGCAGCACAUACAAGAAGUUUCCUUACCCCUCCAUGGCCGAGAUCAACAGCCUGGCAGCACAUACACAGUUCACAGAGGAGCAGAUCAAGGUGUGGUUCUCAGCCCAGCGGCUGAAACACGGUGUGAGCUGGACUCCAGAGGAAGUGGAGGAGGCCAGGAGGAAACAGUUUAAUGGCACGGUGCACACCGUGCCUCAGACCAUCACUGUCAUACCUGCUCACCAGCUCUCAGCAGCUGCCAACGGCCUGCAGUCCAUUCUUCAGACCUGCCAGAUAGUGGGCCAGCCCGGCCUGGUUUUCACACAGGUUGGCCCAGGAGGGCACCUUCCAGUGACCAGUCCCAUCACUCUGACAGUGGCAGGGCUGCCCAGCCAGUCCCAGAGCUCCAGCAGAGUUUCCUGCCAGCCCACCCCAACAAACAGUGAGCUGAAACGGGCUACUACUGUCCAGCCUCCCUCUCUUUCUCCACAGGAAAACUCCGCCCUCAGUGCUGACACAUUCAGUUUGCGGCCGAAAAAGUCCAAAGAGCAGCUGGCAGAGCUGAAAGCCAGCUACCUGAAAAACCACUUUGUCACUGAUACCGAAAUUUCCCGGCUGAUGAAGCUCACCAACCUCACAAAGGGAGAGAUCAAGAAAUGGUUCAGUGACACCAGGUACAACCAGCGCAACUCCAAGAACAGCAAUGUCAUAGUUUUCCCUGACGGGGGGGGCAGAGGAAGUGGCAACUGUGGUAGCAGUGCUGGCACCACCAUUAUUAUUGACUCAAGCGAUGAGACCCCCACAUCUCCCCAUCCUCCACGCACUCCUCCUGUGAAGGAGAAGGAGACACGGCCCAAAACAUGGAAUCCGUUCCCAGAUUUCACCCUGCAGAAGUUUAAGGAGAAGACUCCGGAGCAGCUGGUGGUGCUGGAGGAAAGUUUCAAGAAGAGCGGCACCCCAUCAGAUGAAGAACUGAGCCGUCUGAGAACAGAGACUAAACUGACACGGAGGGAGAUUGAUGCCUGGUUCACUGAGAGACGUAAGAUGCCGUCUGUCAGUACUUGCUCCCCGGGUUCUUCAGAGGGAGGAAAGAUGGAGGUAGAUGGAGGAAAAGCAGGAGAAGGAGCCACUUCUUCUUCUCCUUCUGCCUCCUUGUCUCGUAAAGGUAGUCAAACUCCUCCUGGCGGUCGCAGCAACAAAGACGUGAAAGAUAAGAGUAAAAAGACUCCGGAGCAGCUCCAUAUUUUAAAAAGUGCCUUCGUGCGGACCCAGUGGCCCACACCAGAGGAGUACGCCCAGCUGGCAGAACAGAGCGGCCUCCCUCGGUCCUACAUCGUCAGCUGGUUCGGGGACUCUCGGUACUCGUGGAAGAACAGUAACCUGAAAUGGUUCUUCCAGUACCAAAGUGGCAAUGUCGAAGGGCCAAGCGGCGGAGGAAGCAAUAAAAUGGGAAGCAGCAGCAGCAGCAGCAGCAGCAACAGCAGUCGAAAAAGACGAAGCCGAAAUCGUGGUUGGGGGCGGUCCCGAACCAGAAAGCAGCCAAGAAGAUCUGCCUCCUGCAGUGCAGAUGUGGAUAGAUCUCCCCCGUCAAAGAAAUUCAAGAGUGGGAGGGAGAUUCUGAGGGAGUACUACAUGAAACACCGCUUUCUCAAUGAGCAAGACCUGGAUGAGCUUGUCACCAAGACCAACAUGAGCUACGAACAGGUGAGGGAGUGGUUCGCCGAGGUCCAGCGGCGCUUGGAGACGGGGUCGGAUCCCUUCCUGGAGGCGGCGGCAGGAAGGACAGGCGGCGACAAAGCAGGAGAGGUAGGAGAGACGCAGGGAGAGGCAUCGACCGUCACCGCGAAGCAGCCCGGCACGGGGGUGGGAGACGAGGAUGAUGAUGAUGAUGAUGACGACGAAGGAGAUGAGGACGACGACGCCGAGGACACAGACGACAGUGAGGUUUGGGAGCCGUCGCGUAGCGUCAGGAAAUCCUUGUCAGUCUCUGAAGACUAAUGAUUGUGGAGAGCACGGUGAAACAACGGCGAAUGUUACAAGAGAAAUAUAGUUUUAUGAUCAAUGGAAGACAGUUAGCGAAACCAAGUCUUUUUGCCACUGAUUAGCGAAUGUACUCAACAUUAAUUCACUGUAUUUUGAAACUAUUUCUGACAUCACGUCUACGUGAGACUAACAGAUGGACUAUUAGCUUUAGCUCACUCUCUCAAUGCUUACCUUAUUAACUGUAAGUCAUGUGUAACAGUUUAGACAAGGGUCAUGGUAAAGAAGGAGUUUUUAGCGAACUCUGGCACAGCAAACGUUGAACAUCAAGCGCAAUCUUCAAGCUGAAGAAGAAAACUGUUGAAUUGAAAUAGUUACCCCAAAAAGAUUGUGUAUCCAGACACAUCCAAUGGGUUUCAAUUGAUGCGUACUGUCUGUUGUAAACUAGAGAUUCUAAUGUCAACCAUCCCCCCUUUGUGAAAUUAGCAAUACUUGUUUGCUCAAAUGUAACCAGUAAGGAAGUUUUAUGUGUGUGCUGCAUAUCCUUGAGAAGGAACCUGGAGCCCGUUCAAUCUUCAAUGUGAUGAACGUUUCACCCCUGGUACCAAACUAACAGCGCACACAGAAAAAAAAAAAAAAAAAAAGUGUGUUUACAAAGGUGCUUAAAAACGUAUCACAGCUAGAUGUCACUGCUGAGCAAUGUCCCCAAUGAAACGAACAUACAUCUAUUUGUGGAACUGGUUGAAUUUUCCAUGGUUACAGUACUUUUUUUUUUUUUUUAGAAGAUCAUCGAAAGGACCGGACAAUCAGCAGAUUAUUUGAGCCAACAUGGAUUGAUAAUGACUCUGAAAGUUUUUAUCACUUAGAGAUAAACGCCUAGAACGAUAUGAGAAAGUACCUUACUGCCGAAUGAAUGCCAAUGCCAUGAUGGUUUUAAACACAGGAUGUCUACCCAAGUCUUCCCUUUACAGCAGCUUGUUGUUUCAUUAGUAUUAUUAGUAUUAUAGGUUUUUAACUGAACACAUACAGAUCUGAUGGAAAAUGCCACAGUAUGUGUUUAGUAUGCACUGCUAAUGUUAAAUUCCUAAAAUGUAAAAUUUUAAACACAAUUUUUUUUUAACUUUUGAUAGAACACAUCCUGUGCUAUUGUGACCUUUUUAAAGGCGGAUUCAGACAGUAUGACACUGUUGUCCCAAAGUUGAAUGUGUUGUCUCCUGAGUGGUGAGCUGUUUGAAGCCGAUGCACCAUUUGUGAACCAACUAACGGCCACUGUGAGGCAGACAUCUAGGUCCACUGAAGUAAUAAUAGUAACGGAAAUAUUUCGCUGCAGUGUUUCAUUAGAAUUUACUUUUCUGAUGGGUUGAAGGGAUGGACUGAAUUUUAAGAUGGGGGAAGUUUUACCCAAAGCGUGUAUAUGCAAGCACAAGCUGCAUCUCCAGUGAAAAUGUAGUGUGGCGUUUUUCCACUACAUGGUACCUGCUCCACUCAGCUCGACUCUACUCGCCUUUUUUGGUUUUCCAUUAUGAA